AUGGCUUUGGAUUUCUCGCAGUAUGGUGGACCCUCCGAGGAGUGGCUGGCAGUGGAAAAGACAUUGCCCGCGCGAACCUACGACGUUACAAUGGAUCCGCAUGUGCUCAAAGAAGCUGUCAAUGCUGAAAGAGAAAGUCGAGCCGCAGAGGUGAUGCCGCUGUUAGCACCACAUGUUCAGGUCAAAGACUAUACCAUCCCAACUCGCGAUGGCUCAACUAUCGAAGCUAGAUCGUAUAGGUCAGUCAAGACAGACACGUCAGAAAGGCUUCCCGUGUAUCUCUACUUCCACGGCGGAGGCUUCAUAUUUGGCACACUCAGCAGCGAGGAUCCUCUAUGUGCGCAAACUGCCAUUAAGACAGGGGCAAUAGUGCUGAACGUCAACUACCGCCAUACGCCAGAACACACCUUCCCAACUGCUUGGUACGAUUCUCAAGAUGCAUUCGCUUGGCUGCACAAGAACAUAGACGAAAUUGGGGGAGAUCCAUCCAAAGUCGUCACGGGUGGCAUUUCAGCAGGUGGCACAUUAGCAGCAUCCCUCACACUCGAGCAACAUCUUGGAAAAAGUGAAGUGAUUGCAGGUCUGCCCACUCUAGCUGGACAAAUCUUGAUCAUCCCCAUGGUUGCCCACCCAGCCACAUACGACCAAGGGCCCGGCAAGCUGCUCAAAACCUCGUCUUAUGUCGAGAACGAAAACGCACCCAUAUUGCCGAAGAAGACUGUCGACUUCUUCACAAAGCUGCUGGACACUGCUAAGGAUGCUUCACCAGAUUUGAAAGACACUAAGUUCAACAUGGUCAACGCGGCAGCAGAGGAAGUCAAAGGUUUGCCUCCUACAGUUUUUGGUAUCGCGGGCUUGGACCCGCUUCGCGACGAAGCUUUGCUUUAUGCGAAGCUACUUUCAGAGGCAAAUGUGCCGACAGACAUUACAGUAUUCAAGGGCGUUCCGCAUGGUCACAGGCGAUUUGGCAAGGCACUAAAGGCGUCUGAACACUGGGAUGAGUGUGUCGACGGAGGCAUACUUUGGGUACUUUCUAAGCCGAAUGCCACUGGGAAGUUUGACGUGAAACUUCCGUAA